CCCGGCCUCUAUGCCCUCAACGGGGCGGCGGCCGCGAUGUGGCGGCUGCUGCUGGGUCGAAGCUGGGGCCGCUGCGGGCCGACCCCCGCCCGGCCCGCCUGCGCCCCCGGGCUGGGCCAGGGCCGCGGGCACAGCCCCGAGCGGGCGCCCGCGUGUGAGGAUGGCCCGGAGCGAGGAGAGAGGCGGCAGCCGCUGCCCCGCCUGGUGCCCCGCUACUCCGUGCUGGAGGCUGUCACCUGGGGAGCGCUGGGCGCGCUGCUCCUGCAGCUCGUCAGGCAGGUGGCGUGGCUGAGGUCGCUGCCGGACGCCCGGAGGGAGCGGAGGUGGCCCUGGCUUUCCCCGCUGCCCCCCCAGCACACAGUGGUGACUGAAGCCUCAACCAGCUGUCCCAGUGAGCAGUUGGGGUCCCAGUUCCUGCAGAGAGCAAGUCCAGAGGCCACAGCAGAGAAUUCAUCCUCAGGCAUCCCCUCAGGGCAAGGAGAGAGCCAGCCUUGGGCAGAAGUAGGGGAGUUCCAAAUCCCUGCAAGCUCCAGUGUGGGGCCACUUCUCCACAGUGCAAAGGGUGACCCAGCUCAGCGAGGGCAUUUAGAGGAAGCCGCUUUCCAAUUGCAGCAGAUUUUCCGGAUUGAUAUUUCCAUUGCCUUGAAUAUCCUCGGGGUGGAGAGCAUGAGGGCAGGGCACUGCAGGACAGGCUUCACCUGCUUCAAACUGGCUGCUGAUCGGGGCUACAGCAAAGCCCAGUUCAACGUGGGCCUGUGCUACGAGCAUGGCAGAGGCACGGAGAAGGACCUGGAAAAGGCAGCUCUUUAUUACUGCCACGCUGCCAGCAGCUGCCACGCCAUGGCCCAGUACCGCUACGGGAGGUACCUCCUGGAGCACAGCCCUGGCCAGCGGUGGGACAGGCUCCAGAGGGCCCUGACAUUCCUGGAGCGAGCAGCAACGGCUGGCAUCACAGAGGCACAGGCUUAUCUUGGAGUGUUCUACAUGAGGGGGCUGCAGCCCCAGGAAAAGAGGGGUCUGAAGUACCUGCUGCUGGCAGCAAACAGUGGUGAUGCCCAAAGCAGGUACCACGUGGGUGUUUGCUACGAGCAGGGCCUUGGGGUGCAGCAGAACCUGGCAGAGGCACUGAGACACUACAGGGAGGCAGCUGCUGCUGGGAACAGGCACGCCCAGGAGAGACUGAGGCUGUGGGAAGAGGAGCUGGAAGAUGUGCGGACAAAGCAUCCGUUCCCUGCAGGAAUACGAGCCUCUUCCUCGAGCCCCAGUUUCUGGGCUCUGGAGCCUGUGGCUGCAGGUCUCCCCAGCACCCAGGCAGGGUGUGCCCUCACCCUGCCCCACUCUUGGAGCACUGACAGACUCCAUGUGAUGCUGCUGAGCAGUGCAGGAUGGAGCCGUGCCUUCGGACACAGGACAGUGCCGCUGGAAAGGCAGUUCUGGGAGCCCCACAGCUGCUGUUCCUAGAGCAGGCACCACCAGCAGAACCUACAGAGCAGCAGGCCUGUCCUCCAGCCCCAGGCCCUUCCCACGUGCCGACAGCUGCCGCAGCAGCCCCGAGCCCGUCUCGCUGUGCUCUUGGACCUUC